AGUUAGGCGUUGACGGGGGUUCUGCGUGUUCUUUUCGUGUGGGUGGUAUUUUUACUGCUUCAUAUCCACUCUCUACUCGAGACUGUAGUCAUUUCAUCUUUCAGUCUUGCAAGUUCUGUCCCAAGUCCAAGUCUUUCCAAGGGGCGUUCCAUUUCCUUAACGACCAAACACGGCACACUGCGAGUGUACGAAUAAAUCGCAAGCGCAUAUAUCGGGAGCGCAAACGAAGACGGAGCGAAACGAUAAAACCCGCGUCCUGGGCUAUGAUAAGACGCAUGCUUCACCAAGGCUAAACAGAAAUCGUUGAACACACGUUUUCAAGAAGCAAUAUGGAGCAGGAUCUGGAUAUCAAACAGCCGUUGCCAUUUGGCUUCAAGCGGAAUCGCCUGGCUGAACUGCUAGCGACCGACACGCUCGUUGCUGCGGGUUCAGCAACAUUGAUCACUCCGGCAGUGAUGAUUUUCGACAGACUGGUCGUGGAGAAGUCAUCAUACAACCAACCUCUCCUACCUGCAUUUCGCAGACACCUGUGGUAUUCCAUCACUCAACCCGCUACGUUCUUAACAUCACGCCCGAGCCUGCUGGUCUGGUCUCUGUAUGCUGCGACAUUUGCAACUGUGAACGUGUCAGAGACGAUUUUCAGUCGGGUCUUCCCCCAGAUCGACCACGCCAUAGCCGGAACAACGACCUUCGUCUCGACAUUCUUUGUCAACUCCUCCGUCGGCAUCUGGAAAGACGUCAAAUUCGCCGAGCUGUUCGGCCACAACCACAGCAACAAUACCACAGCCACCCCCACCGCCAACACAACUACUAAUGCGUCUUCUUCUACAUCCAACCAAGCCAAAAGCAUGCCUGGCGGCGCGCCCGCCAGCAAGAUUGUUCGAUCCGUCAGCCGCUCUAUUCCCAUGGCCACCUACUCAGCCUUCCUUCUCCGCGACGGUCUAACAAUCUUCGGAUCCUUCAGCUUGCCCGCAAUGGCCUCAGCAUGGAUUCCGGACUCUAUCGCCUCGAGGGAAUAUCUAAAGAUCCUUAUCGCGCAAUUGGGUAUCCCCGCAUCGAUCCAACUGAUCAGCACCCCCAUCCAUCUCUUCGGGCUGGAUCUGUAUAACCGGCAGUCACCUCUACCCUUGAAGGACCGGUUGAACCGCGUUAGCAGAGAUUGGAUCGGCGCUUCGUUGAUCCGCAUGUGUCGUAUCAUUCCAGCCUUUGGCCUUGGGGGUUUCGUCAAUAACGAGGGACGGGCGUUCUUACAGCAACAGCUUGACCGGAACGCUGAAUGAUUCUAUACAUGCACGACUACUCGCAUAUUCAAACGCGGAUGUAUAUUACCGCAUCUGCGCGUCUGGAAAUUUUCCAGAAACUGAAAUUUUGGUGGUGCCGCAGCCCUAGCAUUGGCAUAGUCC